GACUCCCCUCAGUCUGUUUUUAUCAGUGCUCUGUCGAAAAGCUACAAAAUCAGAAAUCUAAGGUUUACGGGAGAUUGUGAAAAUAAUAACAAGCUGUUUUGGGGUUACGGUUUUGGUGUAUAUCACCCUUCGGCUGUUCGUAUCACGACUAGCUGGGAAACACAACUGUAUACUUACUUUGCGCCGGGAACUGUCACAACUGAAAUUGGUGGAUGCAUGGAAACAGAAAAUAAUAAUUUUUACUGUGUGAGAUAUCGGGGGACAAAAACGACGCUUUUCCCCUUGGCUUACCAACAACACAUCCACCUGACCAAGUUAGAUGUAGUAAUUAAGGUAUACCCAUGAAACAACUAUGGAGACCAAAAGACACCAAUGCUUCCUUGAUAGAAUGAACUGUGAGAAAAUGUUGAGUCAAGUGCCUAAAUCAAUGGAAAACAGCUGUUCUUUGGAUGAAAAUCAGACCGAAGAUAAUGCAUUGAUGGAGAUCCUAAAUGUCACAGCUACUGGCUUCAAGGAAAAUGGUGGGAACAAGUUGGAACAGGCUCUGGCUUUUCAGCAUCAGAAUCAGAAAUUUGUUUUCCCAACUUUAAAUAAUAACAACAAUAUUAAGCUGGAGACAGACUCCAAGGAACUUUCCAAAACUGUGGCUGAGUCUAUGGGCUUGUAUAUGAACUCUGUAAGAGAUAUAGAUUAUAGUUUUGGUCAACAGAAUCAACAAGGACAUCCAAGCCCUGUGAAGGGCUAUCCAAACAGUGGGCAGCAGAUUUAUACAAGUGAAGAGAAUCUGUCUGCAUCAGCUACGAGCCCCAAAAUGAACACUUUGGGUUCACUUAUCUCAUCCCCUUACUCUGCAAUCUCCAACCUUUCUAAUAUUAAUUCUAUGGAGUGCUCAGCCAGCAGCCCAGCCAACACCAGCAAUAUGGCUGCUUCUGUUUAUAGUCCCCAGAACACAAACGCCUCUAUUUCCAGCCCUGUCAGUAACAAUCUGGUGUCUUCAACCACCAGCCCUCUUGUGGAUCCUUGUACUGCUGUCAGCAGCCCCAUUGAUUAUAGCUCUGGGGUAUCAAACCUUGCUAAUGUACAUGCAAGAAACUCUACUGCUUGUAGCCCCACAAAUACCAGUAAUAUGGGCUCUCCACUUUCAAGUCCUCUUAAUACUAUGAGAUCGCCCAUCUCGAGUCCCCAAAGUAUGUGCAGUGUGAAAUCUCCUGCCUCGAGUACUGCUAACAUGAGAUCUUCUGUAUCAAGCCCUAUUGGUAAAAACAUUAACAUUAACAACAUGAGAUUCUCCAUUUCAAGUCCUUCGGCUGUUACAAAUAUGUCAGUAGUAAGCCCUCCAUAUAACUCGACAGGGUUUCCCAUCUCCAGCCCUGUUGGUGCACUUGGUCUGGUUCAGAAUGAUAUUAACAGCCCAGAUGACAGAGACCACGAUAUGAAAAGGUUUGAAUUUCCAAAGGUUGAAAAAACAGACGGCGAAAUAUAUAGUUGUGGGGUAGACGUGAUGGGCAAGUUCAUUAAAAAUGAACCUGGCACUGGUUUUGAUAACAUGUGUCUUUUAAGUGACAACAAGCCAAACUUACCCAGUUCUCAUUUUGCCACACAUGUUAAGAAUGAAUCGGAUAAAGGGUCGUCUUGCCUGAAUGCACACUAUAACGGACAGCAGCAACCUUUAACCCCCUUUCCUGUUUCAGAAACCACUUACUUGUCUUUGAGGGACAAUGUAGAUGAGUACAGCCUUUCUGGGAUUUUAGGACCACCUUUUGAUUCAUUAAAUGGCAAUUAUGACCAUGAGGCAUUUUCUAACAAUGACUUGCCUAAGAGAAUUAAACAGGAGCCUGACGAUGGCUGCUAUUAUCAAGAGAAUAAUAACAUGCCGACAUCGGCUAUUGUUGGAGUUAAUUCAGGUGGACAUUCAUAUCAUUACCAGAUUGGAGCGCAAGGAGCAAUGUCUUUUUCACAACCUGACGCGAGAGACCAAUCAAACCCUCUUCUAAAUCGAAUUUCUCCUGUUACGGCUGUGAUGGAGACAUGGAAAUCUCACUCUGGCCUGUCACAAGGCUCUCUGCCAUCAAGGGGCGAUGGCUAUCUGCUGCAAAGAUGUAUUCCAGAAAACAUGAGCUCGUCAAUGAGAAAUUCCUCUUCCAGUUCGUCAGCCCCUGCAAAGGUGUGCUUGGUGUGUGGGGACGAGGCUUCUGGAUGUCACUAUGGGGUCGUUACCUGUGGCAGCUGCAAGGUUUUCUUCAAACGAGCCGUAGAAGGACAGCACAAUUACCUGUGUGCAGGAAGAAACGACUGUAUUAUUGACAAGAUUCGUCGGAAAAACUGCCCUGCUUGCCGGGUACGGAAGUGUCUCCAGGCUGGAAUGAACUUAGGAGCACGGAAGUCAAAGAAGUUGGGGCAAUUAAAAGGGGUAAGCGAAGAGCAGCCGCUACGGAGCCCAAAGGAAGGCCAGACAUACUUGACUUCAGAGAAGGAGUUAAGCACCAGCACCAUUCUCGUCCCUCAUGUUCCCGGCAUGACGCCAUACCUUCCUCCAUCCAUCAGCAGUGUCCUGGAAAUCAUUGAACCAGAAGUUGUGUAUGCAGGCUACGACAGCACCCAGCCUGACACAACAGACCACCUGCUCUCCAGUCUCAACCAGCUGGCCGGGAAGCAGAUGAUAAGAGUCGUCAAGUGGGCAAAAGUACUUCCAGGAUUCAGAAGCUUGCCGAUUGAGGACCAAGUCACCCUCAUUCAGUACUCUUGGAUGUGUCUUUCGUCAUUCGGCCUCAGCUGGAGAUCAUAUAAACAUACCAGUGCUCAGAUGUUGUAUUUUGCACCUGACCUUGUCUUCAAUGAGGAGCGGAUGCAGCAGUCAGCAAUGUACGGUUUGUGCCAGGGGAUGCGGCAGGUGAGCCAGGAGUUUGUGCGGUUGCAACUUACCCAUGAAGAGUUUCUUGCCAUGAAAGUACUGUUGCUGUUGAGCACGGUUCCCAGAGACGGUCUCAAGAACCAUGCUGCAUUUGAGGAAAUGAGAGUAAACUACAUUAAAGAGCUGAGGAGGUCUGUGAGUAAGGCUACCAACAACUCUGGACAGACGUGGCAGAGGUUCUACCAGCUGACUAAACUGCUGGAUGCCAUGCAUGACCUGGUGGGCAGUCUGCUGGAUUUCUGCUUCUACACGUUCAGAGAGUCCCAGGCCCUGAAAGUGGAGUUCCCCGACAUGCUGGUGGAAAUAAUCAGUGACCAGAUAUUAAAGGUGGAAGCUGGCAUGACCCGGACACUGUACUUUCACAAGAAGUGACUUGAAAACAGAGCAUCUUCAAGAAGGACUUUGCCUUAAAGUUGCCUAUUUUAUUCCACACCCACAAGCAAGGGGAGAAAUAUUUUCUCAUGCAUACGCAUGCUCUUCAGCUCCAGAACUUGUCUGGAGGGAAUGACCAAGGAGAAGGAGGGUCUUUUAAAUCUUGCACUGAAAAGUACUUUUGAGAGUAUACCCCCGAAGACUAUGACAUGGAUACAAAGCCAUAUAUAGUAGUUGUCGACAUCCUGACUUAAACCCUGGUAAAGGUUAAUUAGCUACUGUGGCUUUCGUGUGUUUUUUUUUUUUACAUGGAGGUUUACAGGGAGUAAACCAGGAGGUUGACUGCAUUGUAAAAAUGUACCCAACUCCAAGACCAGAUUUCUGUUUUUGUUUUGAAAGUUAAUGCAUUCAAGGCACCUGAGAAGGUCUGAGCAUCAAUUGAGUGGGUUUUUUCCAUUUUGGAGAGAUUUCCAAAGGGCUAACAAAUGUUUAUGAUUUAAAUACUUAAAUACAAAAUAUAAAUAAUUGUUUCAGUUAAUUUCUAAUAGGGAAUUAAUGCACACACACACACACACACACAGUCAUACAUUAUAUAUAUAUAUAUAUAUAUAUAUAUAUAUAUAUAUAUAUAUAUAUAUAUAUAUAUAUAUAUAUAUAUAUAAUCAGAAUAUAAAAGAUUGCAUUUAAAUGCAAAACACACUAAAAUACACUAAUCAAACUGCCAACAAAGGUCAUCUAGCUGAAAUGGCCAUUUUAUCCUUUUUAUGUUUUAUAAUAACAUUAAUUGGUGUUAUUGUAAAUCUAUUUCCAGUAACACUGCGUAUAUUAUCAUAAUUAGAGCUGUAUUGCAAUGGCUCAAGAAAUAUAUUUAAAUAUCUGUUUAAAAUAAUAAACACAUAGUAGUGAUUGGCAGGCGUGGGAAUUGAAACCUGAGCCCACUUGUAAGGAAUGCUGUUGAAGUACAUACAAUCCAUGCAAGCUGUAUCACUUGCCAUUUCACUUUUUGCUGGGAUUUUUUCCAUGUGUGUGGGUGUAUUACACUGGUAUAUAAGCUCAAUGAUAAAUUGCUUUACAUAUUAGGAAUUUAUUAAUAAUGCUUCUUCAUUUUCUAAUAUUUAUAUUUAGUCUGAUAAAUCACCAAAGUUAAACCAGCUUUUCAUGCAUAAUUCACAAAUCACUAAUACUUUAUUUCAAGGUUCUAGUUAUAAAACAUUUGUAAAUCUAUGAAUAUGCAUUUUAUAAAAUGAUAUAAACACAUUUUCUAAACAGGUGCUUAUUUUGUUACAACAAAGCGGACAUGGAUAUUAUCUGUAGAAACACGCGUAUAGCAGGUUUUUAUCCGAAAAUGUAACUUGUUAUAUAACAUAGUGUUGAUAAUAGUGUUUAUGACAACCUCCUUAACAAAUUAAUACUGGAACCUGUAAAUAAAGUUGUACAAUAUAAAGGAAGAUUAUUUGGGCAAUUUAUGUUUUUAUCUGCAAAAUGAAGAGCUGCCAAAAGUUUGUAAAAAGCAAUUGUUAAAACACUUUAAAACAGUUUAAUAUUGUAAAAUGAAUUCUGACAAGAAAAACAACAACAGAAAAGCAAACUAUGUACAGUAAAUAGUUAAUUGCCCCAUGCUUUCCAUCAUUUUCGUUUUGUUGUUUGUAAGGAGGGCAAACAGUUCUUUGGACCAUUUGAUUAUUUUACCAACCUCCAAAAUCACUGAGCAAGAACGGGCCAUUUGAGAAUGGAGCUGGAGCACAGACAUUCUGACAAGUAGGGCAAAUUGAAGUUAAUCCACUUUAUUUUCAGGGCUUUUUUUUUUUAAAUCUAGGAUUAUGUACUUCCUAUUGCCUACCUUAAGUUUGCACAGAAGAGUACAUGUGGUUAUGGGGCAUUAGUAUUAAUUUAUUGUAUAAACGUGUAAGGAAGAUGGUGUGGAAUAAAGAGCGCUUUUUCUCCUAUGAUGCUGUAUUUGCUGUUUAACAUAACCCAACAAUGAGGGGCUUUAGGAUUGGUUGUUAUGUUACAGCAAACGACAGAAGCUAAAAAAGAAAAAAAAAAAAAAAAAAAACUUUUGCAAGCUUUUACAGAUUAUUUUUGCAAUCUUUUGCUGCUCUGUUUAUUGCCGUGUGUAUAAUUUUGAAGGACCUGAAUAAGCUGUUGAGGAUUUUUUUUUAAUAAAUGACACAAAAAAAACUUUAAUGGUUUAUAGGAAGAAUGGUAGAGUAUUUUUGAAAGAAUUCUAUUUUGCUGGAGAAAUAAUAUUUAAGUACUUUGUCUAAAAAAAAGUAUUUUUUUUGUAAAGUGAAAUGUUUAUGCAUGCUUACUGAAGAGAUGUUUACAAAGUAUUUACGAAAGGGAAAGUUGUGCCUUUUUAUCUUAUCUAAUUUACCAUUUGACAGUGUCUGUUGUAAAUAACCACAGUGUUAUUGGUUAUUAUCAAGUGUUUCUACUUUGUCUAUUGUUUGACAAUAUUUGUAGUAUAUGUGGCUCCCACCAUAGAAACCUGCUUUUUCUGGUUUAUUAGGAUGUUAGGAAUUGUUGCUACAUGGCCCAAGAGAUGCUAAUGGGACACAGUUUAGAGAAAAAGAGGAAUGUGGACAAGAGAGUGAGAGAAGUAGACGCUAAACUAUCAGAAUGUGAGACUAAUUCAAGCCUUUGCUUUAAGAAUUAAUUUAAAAAUACAUUUAAAACAUAUAUUUUUUUGUAUUUUUAUUAAUUUUAUUGUUGUUGUUUUUAAUAUUAUUAUUAUUAUUAUUAUUAUUAUUAUUAUUAUUAUUAUUAUUAUAUAGAAUUGCAUUUUUGCCAGUGUUAAAUUGGCAAGAAAUUCAAAGUAGCUGAAUUAUAGAGUAUGGAAAGAUAUGCAUUAUGAUACAUUUCAAAAUACAGGUACAUAAACUACAUGUAGUUACACUGUAGUUCCCAACCAAGUACAAAAUGUAACCAUUACCGAAUGGGUAUUUACCUCCUAAAGACUCAGAAAGCUGAAUAAGGGUAUAAAAGUACUCGAGGGCAUAAAGGCACUGCGCUCACAGACCUCUGCUCCAUUCUUCUUUUCAACACUGACCUGGCGGACGAGCCUUGUUCAGGUAAGUACUUGGUACCUCUAUCUGCUAUACAAUUCACAUUUGUUGUGUUUUUACACAAAAUGUAUGUGAUAUUAAAAUAAUCGCUGUAUAUAGUUUUCACUAAUUACGUGUAAUUUGUGCACUACAGCCUGCUGCUUGUUAUGUCCCACUGCGGCCUUGUGCCCCGCAUCAAACCAGCGGCUUUAGUCGCUCCUUCCCAGGGAUCCAGCAGUGCUCUCCCUCCAGGCUGAAUAGCUCCGGCUGGAGUUAUUAUUUCUCGUUUUUUAUUACAGGACAUUUUAUUCUCAUUUUAUUACGAGACAUUAUUAUACUUUAUUACUGAUUUGUAGAGAAGUUUUCUCUUGUGUUUUCUGUUUCUUUUUACAGAGACUACACACAAGUCGGUCUGCAACCAGGUGCUUUGCACAUGUACAGUGAGAGCAGGACCAAGAUACGCACUUCAGGUGUUGAUUGCUUGCAAUCCCAUCCACAGUAUCUUGAUGCCGUUUUGGUGACUUUUUGCAUCACCAUUACGAAGGCUGUUAGUACCAUCUAACAAGCAGGCUUCCCUCAGUCUUGUGUGUGUACUGACUGAGUAUUUUUUACAGGUAUUUUACAGGCAUCCCUGUACAUUGUUACCUGCGGUGACUGCAAACUUGUGGACCCGUACCGUACGGUACCAAGGUCACCGACCUGGUAACAAACCUGUACCGAGGGUGCCGUACCGUACAGCCCCGGUGCUAAAGUCACCGAACCGAUCCAGUAGCGAACCGACCCGGUUUCUACCCAGGCCUACACGGACCACUGGUCUUGUUCGGCCCAUUGCUAUCUAUAAGCAGAUUGAGGCACCUGUACAUCUUUAUACUGUACACUGCAUUGAUUGCUUCUUGCAUCAUGCCUCGGUUUUAUCCAUGCAAGACAUGCGAGACCAAUCUCUCCAUUGAGAACAAGCACGGCAGAUGCUCUUCCUGCCUGGGGCCAGAGAAUGCCAAGGAGGCACUGGUGAACAACAGUUUCUGCGAGUUUUGUGCACAUUUCUCUAAGCGCACGCUGGAGAAACAUCUCUCUCGCAGCUCUGCGUCCCUUACUACUGCACAGCACUCUUCCCCAUCACCCUUUGUUACAGAGGUGGUUCUGUGCCAAGGGAGACCGGACAAUGCACCCGGGAAAGUAGCCCAGGUAGGAAACUAUCUUCACGGUCUUCCUCUGCUUCUUCUCCUCCCCCAAGGAAGAAGAAGAGUCACUGUUCCAAACGAUCGACGGACUCAGAGCAGAUGGAAAAGCGCUGGGCAGCUGUUUCCCCACCAACGAACUGUUCUAGCAGAAUUACUGCCUGUCCCCUUGAGGCCCCAGGGGGCUAUGGGUGCAAAUUGGCAACAGGAAGACAUACUGGCCAUCGCCGCCUCUGAUACGCAGUGCUUUUGUGCCCUCGGGGGUGGGCCAUGCCUGCGUCACAGGCUCUGCGAACAGCUCCGUUAUAUCUUCUUCAGGUUUCUGGGUCUUUAUGAGGUAAAUACCCAUUCGAUAAUGGUUACAUUUCUAUUCCAGGGAACCAGGCUUAUGAUAAUAACUGUACGUUUCCUUAUAUUUACUGCAUGCGGUUAGCACACAGGUGUGUGAUUGUGAGAAUGGAACUCCAUACAUGUAUUUAAGUUGUUCUCCCAAACAUAUAUUUGUGUUGUAAAAGCAUGCAUUAAGUAAUGUAACAAAUGUGUAAGCACAGUGUAGCUACAGUUCAGUUAAAGUAGCUAUAUUCUGAAGUGUAUCUGGAUGCAUUUUCUUCUCUAGCCUUUUUUUAACUUGUGUUAAAUAAUUCUGAAAUCAGACCAAAUGAUCAUGGUUUUUGUUAUUAGUUACAAGAACACUAGACGCAAGCACAUUUAUAAAGGGUCUGCGUUCUAAUUCUAAUAGAAAUAACAUUCGCUAGCUGGAAGCAAUAUCCUUGUAUGUUCAGUAAACACCAACUUGGUUCAACACUUGUUUUCAGAAACUUUUUGGUUCAUCAUUAAUACUGUACAAAAAAAUACAAUGUAUUACUGUCCAAAGGUUCAUAUAACAAUAACUGUGUUAUGCGGGAUCACAUAAUAUUCAUGAUUUGUUCCAAAUCAAGGAGUUGCUUCCAGUAGUUCAGGGGAUCGAAGUGAAUCAGCCCAAAUCGUUUUUUUUGUUAUCAGUACCUUUGAAUUGGAAUGUAGACAUUUUUAUUAAACUGUUUCCAUUUGUU